AUGUUUUUGAAUUGCCGCCUCUUUUUAAAUGACGUACAUUUAGCAUGGCUUAUGUCCUGCACCGCACAAGGGCUAAACGAACCGCGGCGAAAAGACACAAAGUUCCGGGCCCUUGCCACUGAUGGCAGCGCAGUUCUACAUCAAUUAGAAGGAAAAAUCUGCUCGGAUUACAAAUUACAGAUCCAUGUAGCGGACAAAACUCGGGAGACUUUCCAAGAGACUGAAUGGCAUGUGCCGAGUGCUGUCCAGGAAUUGGAUGAGAAGACCGGUCUUCCCGAUGAGCAUUCUGGAAGGAAAGAUGGGCUAUUCCAAGAAAAGCUACGCGGCAUCAGCAAAAAGAAGCUUUCUUAG